UGUGUGCUUGGUGACCUUGCCCCCAGAUGCUGAGGUGCCUGAAUCCCUGGCGCAGGCCAUUACUGAGCGGUAGUUGGAGUAGGCUGUGCCUUCUCAAGCAGUAUCUAUUUACAAUGAAGUUGCAGUCUCCAGAAUACCAGUCACUGUUCACAGCAGGAUUGAAGGGUCUGACAGAAUUAUUUGUCAAAGAAAAUCAUGAAUUAAGAAUAGCAGGAGGAGCAGUGAGGGAUUUAUUAAAUGGAGUAAAGCCUCAAGAUGUGGACUUUGCUACCACUGCUACCCCUGCUCAAAUGAAGGACAUGUUUCAGGCUGCGGGUAUUCGUAUGAUAAACAACAAAGGAGAAAAGCAUGGAACAAUUACUGCCAGGCUUCAUGAAGAAAAUUUUGAGAUUACUACACUGAUUGAUGUUGUCACUGAUGGAAGACAUGCUGAGGUAGAAUUCACAACUGAUUGGCAGAAAGAUGCUGAACGCAGAGAUCUCACUAUAAAUUCUGUGUUUUUAGGUUUUGAUGGUACCUUAUUUGACUACUUCAAUGGUUAUGAAGAUUUAAAAAAUAAGAAAGUUAGGUUUGUUGGACAUGCUAAACAGAGGAUACAAGAAGAUUAUCUUCGAAUUUUACGGUAUUUCCGGUUUUAUGGGAGAAUUGUAGACAAACCUGGUGACCAUGAUCCUGAGACUUUGGAAGCAAUUGCAGAAAAUGCAAAAGGCUUGGCUGGAAUAUCAGGAGAGAGGAUUUGGGUGGAAUUGAAAAAAAUUCUUGUUGGUAACCAUGUAAAUCAUUUGAUUCACCUCCUCCAUGAUCUUGAUGUGGCUCCUUACAUAGGCUUACCUACUAGUGCAAGUUUAGAAGAAUUUAACGAAGUUAGUAAAAAUGCUGAUGGUUUUUCACCAAAGCCAAUGACUCUCUUGGCCUCAUUAUGCAAAGUACAGGAUGAUGUCACAAAAUUGGAUUUGAGGUUGAAGAUUUCAAAAGAAGAGAAGAACCUUGGUAUAUUCAUAGUUAAAAACAGGAAAGAUUUAGUUAAAGCAACGGAUAGUUCAGAGCCACUGAAACCCUAUCAAGACUUCAUUAUAGAUUCUAGGGAAUCUGACGCAAUGACCCGCGUGUGUGAACUCCUGAAGUACCAGGGAGAGCGGGGUCUUCUGCAGCAGAUGCAGCAGUGGUGCAUUCCUCCAUUUCCUGUGAGUGGCCAUGACAUCAGAAAAGUGGGCACUUCUUCAGGAAAAGAAAUUGGGGCUCUGUUGCAGCAGUUGCGAGAACAGUGGGAAAAAAGCGGCUACCAAAUGGAGAAAGACGAACUCCUAAGUUACAUAAAGAAGAGUGAAAAUUGAUGAGAGCUGGCACUAAAUAGCAGAAAAUUUGGGGCAAGGCUAGGUUUUCUUCUCUCCCUUUCAGUGAGAUUUAAGAGACUUGAAUGAAAGCCAGCUUGGAGGACCUUCUCAGAUCAACAGAGGUCUUUGUGAGUUUCUGGCAGUAAACUCAAGUCUACCUCCUCUUAAAUCUCAUUUAUAUCCUUGAACCUUCUGCUGCUUCUGGAAUAGUUCCUGCUGUGAAUAGUAUAGUUGGCUUCCCCUGUCUAGGGUUUAAUUUUUUUUUUUUUUUUCCGGUGUAGUGCAUUACUGAUCUUAAAAAGUGGUAACUAUCUUUAAGAAAAAAGUGUUUGUUUGCUAUUGAAAUAACUACAUUAUUUUAUCAAUGUCUUUAAGUGUUAGUUCUGACUUGAAUUUAACACAUUUAAAUGAAUUUAAUUUCAACACAAAAUAAACUUGUGCUGAAAUUAGUUGACAGAAUAUCCUGUAUAAAAUUAUGAAGACCAGGUAUGUCCUGGGUGGCUGGCAUUCAUACACCUGAAACUUGUUCUAGCAAGCUCUAAGUUUUAGUAUGUAGUUGAUACCUUCCUUUGUCAUAAUGAUUUCUUUAUGCACGCUAAGCCUGAGAAAGACUGGCUUGACAGUUACUCUUGAGCCUUUAAUAAACAUUCCCUUUGGAAUUGGAAAA